UAUUUGAUACUAGUGCGAAAUUCGUGCUAAAUACAAUAUUUUCCCGCAUAUAGAUUUAAUCUUUGGCCACAUUGAUCGUUUUCUUUCCGUGAGGCCCUUCUUUUACAACAGUGUUUCAUUAUUCUUUGAGUGUGAGGUGUUCCGCUUCUGAUACAGGGUUCUUAUAAAAAUACCGCCACGUUUUUAUUAAAAUUAUUUGCGAAAAUGGUGCAAAAAGGACCUCGUCCUCUUGUACUUUGUGGACCUUCAGGGUCAGGAAAAAGUACACUGCUCAAGCGUUUGCUGAAAGAAUUUCCCGAUAAAUUUGGAUUCAGCGUAUCUCACACAACGAGGGGCCCUCGCCCAGGAGAAAAAGACGGUGUGCACUACCAUUUUACUAAUAAAACUGACAUGACUGCCGCUAUAGAAAGAGGAGAAUUUAUAGAAUCUGCCACAUUCAGUGGAAACAUGUAUGGGACGAGCAAGCAAGCUGUCAAUGAUGUGAGACGCACUGGUAAAAUUUGUGUAUUAGACAUUGACAUUGAAGGUGUGAAGCAAAUCAAGCAUACUGACCUUGACCCGCUACUUGUGUUUGUGAUGCCACCGUCGGUUAAUGAAUUGGAGAGACGGCUUCGGGCCCGCAACACAGAAAAUGAGGAUACCUUGAAGAAAAGGCUGGAUACUGCUCGAAGGGAAAUCUCAUUUGGUGAGGAGCCAGGAAACUUUCACAUCACAAUCUUAAAUGACAACUUGGACAAGGCUUACUCUGAUUUACGUGAGUUUAUUUCACAGAACAUUGAGGACAAAGAACAAGAUGACAAGACAGAAAAAGACACAAAUGAAAAGUGAACAACAUUGCAUGAAGCUUUGUUUCAAUCAUGUUUAUAAUAAAUUGAUAUUAGGUGUGUGUUUAGAAUUAAACUUAGAAAUUAUUUUACUAUGUGAAUUUAUUUGCAGGCUUUUAGAAUGUAGUGGAAAUUAUAAAUAUUAAAUCAGUGUAACUGAUAAAAAUGUUAUAUUUAGAAAAUCACAAAUCCUGCCAAAAAAUCACAUAUUAAAUUAAUGAGACCCAAUGAUGCCCCAAAAUGAUUAGCAUGUCAUUAAAUGCAAUAAUUUAUAAGGAAAGUGUGAAUCUACCUCUUAUAUGUAGCACAUAGUGACUACUCCCUGAAACCUAAAAUACUAAAGAGAUUUUGUUUGGCUGAAUUUGUUUGUGAUUACAUCUUUACACAGUUGUUUCUUGUUAUGUUGUGAUAAAUAUUGAAAGUACUACAAGCCAUUCCACUUAUUUGUGUAUUUAAUUCAUGGAGUCAAGAUUUUCAAUCUAUUUAUUUGUAGAUAUGUUAUGGUAAAUUAUAAUAAUUAUUAUCUUCAAUAAUAUUUUUUCAUAAUAAAUCUAAAAUAUUUAUACAGUGUACUAAUUUGAUUUACAACAAAGUUUUUAGCAGGGCCCUGUAUAGUAACUAUCCUAACUUUUUAUGGUGAGAAAUGUUGAAAAUUAUUAGAUCUUUCUGUAUAAGCCAUUUAGAUAUCUGCUGAAAAAAAAAAUGUUUUUUUACUGUUAUCAGCAUAAUGUUAUAAUUUGAUUGUAGAACUUUGAAGAUUUUUGAAUUUAGAUUGGUUUAUUCACUGUCCCUUGUUGAAAUUCUUAUGAUGGUAUAUAGAGGGCUGCACUGCUCUAAUGUAUUAUAAUAAAAUUGUGCCAUUUUAAUAAGCACUGUACCAUUACAAGAAUUCUUAGAUUUAAGAACACUUCUCAUUUUUGCGUACGGCUAAAAUAACUGAUACAGGACUUUUCUGAAAACUGUGUAAUAUAAGUUUUUUUUUUUUUUCAUUUUAGGUUAUUUAAAUUGUUAAGGCAUAAUACUUAUGAGUCUGAUAGAUACCUAUCACAGAUAUCGCGGAUAUUUUAUUAGAGUUUAAUAUUACUUAAAAUUCCAAAAUAUUUCAUAGUUAAUAAUGAAAUCUUAAUAUUGUGAAAGGGUUUUUAACCUCUAUGGAGCAUGAAUAUAAUAAUUAAUUUAAUAAUUGAAUAGAUAUGAUAAUAAUCCGAAUUUAUUGGUUUCUGUAUAAUUUUGCGCAUUUUUCAGUGCCAAAUUUCACCAUUAGUGCCCACUGUUGUAUGUGGUGUAUCCAAAAGGAAUAAAGGAAUUGUUUAUAGUUCCGUUAAACUUUUGUUGAUAUUUAUACAUUAAUAACUAUUUUAGAAUUUAUAUAACUUUCUAUUCUUUAUAUAUUUGCAAUAUCAAAAUACUAAAGAAUAUCGUCAUAAAUUAUAGUCGCCAUGUAAAUUAAAGGAAGAACAUAAAAAAGAAUUAAUAUAAUAUGGAAUUUAUAAAAUGUUCGGCAUGUAAUAGAGAAUCUUACUUUGCAAAAAAUGAUAAAAUGCAUAAAUAAGGUACUUACUUCUUACAAAUAUUAAAAUUUUGAUUCAUAAAGAUGUCAUUUCUAUUCAAUUUAACUUCGCAUUUUUUUUAUCUCUACAAAAGCAGGAAACGAUCACCGUUAACGUGACAUCAAUAGAUAGUUAACAUGUUGUUUACAAUACAUUCUUUUGUUUUGAUUAGCAAUUUGUCAAAUCCCACUCUUAAUAAAAUAACGGCCUAUUUCAAAAUUGUUAGUUUGUGGUAGUCGUCGAAAAACUAAUUUUUGCUUGCUACCUUUUUUUAAGUCGCUAUAAAAUUGAGCUUAUUAAAGAUAGGUAAAAAAUGAAACUUAUAGCAUGAAUAAAAGGGGGGAAAACUAAAAGGUCGCAUAGAAAUUGAUUGUUUGACAAUUCCCACAAAUUGGCAAUUUUGGAAAGGGUCAUUAUUUUAUUAAGAAUGAGAAAUAGCUUUUUAUAAAUAGACUUGAAAUGGUUUCAUUGUGAAUAUUGUUGAUAUUUCACAAAUUAUAUUUUUGGACAUUGACUGAGUUCACGAAUCAAAUCAGCAUGGCGGCUAGCGGUUUUGUGCGGUAUUUUAUAACAUCAUUCAUAAUUAAAUUUAUGUUAUAAUUUUUAUGGCACUUAUCUUAAACUCAUUAAUUAAUAUCAUUAAACUUAAUAAAAUUUAUAGUGGCUUAUCCAUAUUUGCAAUCAAAACAAGAUAUUUAAAUGAAUGGUUAAACACCCUGUAACCCUGUAGAAACCCCAAAUAUUUGCUCUAAGUAUGUUUAUAUGUAAUUAAAAAUUAUUUUGGUUAUAUUUACAGGGUAGAAACUGUCAGGCACAUAUUAUUAACAUUGCUUGUAUUCAAAAAAUAAUCCAGAAAUUAAUUUACUUAGUAUGCAUUUUUAUAUAGAAAAAAAAAUAUCUUUCUACAAAAAACCCGGUGAUAUAUAUGUUUAUAAAGUAACUAAAGUUAAAUGCUCUAAAACAGUUCUUAAUUUAUGAAGCAUAAAAAGGUACCUUUUAAGAAUAAAUACUAAAAUAUAUAUUUAAAUAUAUCAAGCUGAUAGGACCGCCUCAAAGUUUUUUUGACUCAGAUUUGCAUAAAACCAAGGUAAUUUUAGGAAGAAAGAUCUUGUUUCCAUCUUGUAUGUAAAGUAUAGUGACUACUCACAGGUGUGAUUCUUGUAGCUUGUAGGAAAACCUAGUUCAAGAGCCAGUGUUAUGUUUUAAAGCUGCAGUAAAACCCAAUGAAGUUUUAGUUUUAUUAUUAUUGACAUUAAUAAUUUCAUAAUAUUACACAUUGUUAAAAUUUAUGUUCUUGUAGUUCUUAGAAAAUGUACUUAUAUAUGUUAUCAAAUAAUCAUUUAAAAUAAAUUUGUGCAUUUGGAUUUUAGUUCUUCGUGGGCUGUGACGCAGUGCGACACGGAAGAGUUUGUUUUACUAACAUAAUAUGACGUCAUAGGUGUUGAGCUUUAUAACAAUAUAAAUCACCUCCAUAUCGGUGUUCAAUUUCAAAACCAUUCCAUGAAAGCUAGCCAAGCUGCAGUGUAUAAUUAUUGUGAUUUGCAUAUAUGUAUAUCUAAAUAUUGACUUAUUAUGAUAAUAUUGUGUUUAUGUGCAAAAUGAGUUGUUACGCAUUCAAGAAUAUAUAUUUAAUGUUUGUGUAAAAUAAAAUUAUUAAAAUUAUAACGCUGUAUA